UCAAACGAUAUGGAAACCACGUACAGACUCAAAAGAAUUACAUUUUAUUCAAUUAGUUUCAAAAAGGUUAUCAACUUUACAAUUUAAAACUACGGAAUUCUUGGAAAAAUUAGAUAAUGAAAUACAAAAGGUGUCUGAUUUUUUUGUUAAAGAAUCGAAUUCACUUGUAAAGAAAGGUGAACAACAACAUAUAAAAGAUUCGGAAGCAAGUAAAAUUUUAGAAUCUAUUAUUAAAUUAGAAAAAUUUGUUUUUUUGAGUUAUACAGGUUUAGUUAAAAUUUUAAAAAAACAUGAUAAACAUUCUGGAUUAAAUAUUGGAGAAGCUUAUCUAUAUAGAAUUGUCUCACUUCCCCUAACAAAAUCUGAAUCACUUUUGACUUUAAAAAAAUCUUUAAUGGAAAAAAUUGUGCAAAACAUCUUUCCUAAUGUAACUACCGCAUCAAAAACUUCAUUGUCUUCUCCAUUAGGUAUGACAAUUUUACCAAAUCUUUUAUUAUCAAAAACUUCCCAAUACAUUUCAUCAGCUGCAGAAGGAAAUUGGUUUCCACCAUCAGAUUUAUUACCUCACCAAAAAGUUAUUGUUUCACUUACUGGACCUCAUGGAACUGAUAUUAUAGGAUCUAUAUUUGAAUGUAUGGCAAAACAUGAUUGUGAAGUUGGAGAUUUUAUGUUAUCUAGAUUAUAUCACAAUGUUACUUUUGGUGUGUUAAUUACAUUAAGCUCUGAUAACAUAGAUUUAUUCAGAGAUUUAGCUGAAGCAUCAAGAAAAUGGGAUGGUACUUUAUCUUUUGAUAUUCAUGAUGAUAAUCAAAAUGAUUUUACAUCAUCUAUUGAAGAUGCCCCAUAUGAAAAUCGUAUUAAAUAUACUGCUACUGUAUUAAAUCAAAAGGGUUUAACUCCACAAUUUUUAAAUGAUUGGACAAAAUUUUUAUUAAAAGAAAAAAUUUCUGUAGAAAAAAUGCAAAGAUUAAAUGAAGGAAAGUUAUCUUGUGCUGAUUAUAAAUUAUCUGUACCAUUUACAACAAAUUUUGAACAAUUAAGACAAGAAUUAUUCAUUCUUAGUACUUCUCAUGGUACAGAUGUUGCUAUACAACCUUAUGAUGUUUUUAGAAGACAUAAGAGAUUAGUUGUGUUUGAUAUGGAUUCUACUCUUAUUCAACAAGAAGUUAUUGAUGAAAUUGCUAGACAUGCUGGUGUUGUUAAUGAAGUUGCUGCUAUUACUGAAUUAGCUAUGAAUGGUGAAAUUGAUUUUAAAGAAUCUCUUAAACGUCGAGUUUCUCUUCUUAAAGGAACACCUGUGAAAGUUUUAAAUACUGUUCAAGAGAGUUUAACUUUUACUGAAGGUGCUCGUUUUCUUUGUAAAGCAUUAAAGAAAAUUGGUUUUAAACUGGCAGUUAUCUCAGGUGGAUUUAUUCCUUUAGCAAAAUAUGUUAAAAAUGAACUUGGAUUAGAUUAUGCUUUUGCAAAUCAACUUAAAGUUUCAUCAGAUGGAUUAACUCUUACAGGUGAAACAAUUGGUCCUAUAGUUGAUGCUGAACGUAAAGCUGAACUACUUGAAGUUAUUGCUCAAGCUGAAAAUGUUACUUUAGAACAAGUAAUUGCUAUUGGUGAUGGUGCAAAUGAUUUAUUAAUGUUGGCAAAAUCUGGUUUAGGAAUUGCUUUUAAUGCUAAACCAAGGGCACGAGCAAGAAUCAAUCAAAAGAGUUUAAAAUAUGUUUUAUAUUUAUUAGGAUAUACUGAUGAAGAUGCUAAACAAUUAUAUUCUGAUUAUUAA